AUGGAGACCAGCACCACCGCCAGACCGUCCAAACGAGCGAGAAUAUCAGGAAACGGCAUUGUUACGCCUGGAGAAGUCGUCACGGACGACCCGCAAUGGAUGAGAGGCCACGGCACUUUUGUUGCGCCAGAGACGACGGAAAUCACAGCGACUGUUGCAGGCACCGUGCAAAAGACCAAUAAGCUCCUCUCCGUGCGGCCUCUACGGGCACGAUAUACUCCCGAGAUUGGCGACUUGGUCGUCGGCCGCAUCGUCGAGGUCCAAUCGAAACGAUGGCGCGUCGAUGUCGCCGCUCCUCUGCUCGCAUCUCUCCCUCUCAGCGCAAUCAACUUGCCCGGCGGUAUCCUGCGCAAACGCACUAGCACCGACGAGCUGCAAAUCCGGACAUUCUUCUCUGAAGGCGACCUGCUCGUUGCCGAAGUCCAAUCAAUCUUCCAAGACGGGUCCGCAUCGCUUCACACCCGCUCGCUGAAGUACGGCAAGUUACGCAACGGCAUCUUCCUCUCCGUCUCGGGCACAGGCGGAGGCGGCGGAGUCGUGCGGUCUCGCCGCCAAGUCUGGACAGUGCAUACAGCGCGGGGCGGCGGCGAAGUGGACGUCGUGCUGGGCGUGAACGGCUACGUGUGGAUCUCCAAGCACGUGGCUACAGAGGGGGCAGACGGCGUGUCAAUCACACGGCUGGAAGAAAAUGUGAGCAGUUCGAUAUAUUCCAGUCAAAACGACGAGAUUGAUCCGGCGACGAGAAGAGAAAUUGCCCGCCUAGCGGGCUGUAUUCGCGCCCUGGUCGAGAAUGGCGUCCGUGUCGAUGAGGAAAUGGUCAUGCGCUCGUAUGAAGCCAGCUUGGAAAUAGAAGUCGAGGCCGAAGCUGCAGAUGGUCGCGAAGGCGCGGAUUAUCUGGGUGGCGAUCGUGGUCGCAAGGUUGUCGAAAUGGCUUUGGCUGUUGCUGGAUGA